UUAAUGGGCUCAUCCUUGAGCACUUCCACCACCAACAACACCACGAACAAAAUUUCCACAAACACCAACUCCCCGAUCCAAAAGUCCGACGAUGAAUGGCGUGCGAUCCGCUACCCUGGUACACUGCUCCCCCGCCAAUUAACUUUACCUAGAGCAAUUUCGCAUCCUCCGCUGACGUGGCACUGAACCCCCCAACAGUCGGACCUGCAACCACCACACGUCCCCAGGAGUCUGCACUUGCUCGGGCUGCAGUGCACCGCUGUACGAGAGCACCAGCGCGUUCGAUAGCAGGUGUGGAUGGCCGGCAUUCUUUGAGGGCACGUCGGGUGCCAUUGCUCGGCACGAGCAUGGGAGCUUGGGCAUGCACGGGACGGAGAUUAUCUGUACCAACCCCGGCGGCCAUCUAGGGCAUGUGUUUGAAGGGGAGGGCUUCAGCAGCGCCGCAGGAAACAGGGAUUGUAUUAACAUUGCGUACUUUAUCUUUAAACAGGAC